CUUUCUCUCUCUAGCUCCACUUUCCGACGCGUAAUCAUCCAUCUACGGCUGCAUUUCACUCUCGUCUCCAUGGCUUCGCGCCCAGGGCAAGAAGAUACGGUAACCAAACGAAUAAAAAGAUCAAACCUAAUUCGAGUCCUCUUUCUCGCCAAUUCAGACACGAUGGUAAAAAUAUCAUAUUUUGACAGAUUUCUUCAUUCAAACAUGGAGAUGAACAAGCAUAAAGUCGAUCCAGAUACACAAAACCCAAGGAAAUGAAUGAAGAUAAUGGAAACUAGUUGGGCUGAGAUUGGGGAAUGCAUCAAACGCAUGCUUUACGCUGUGUACCUUACCCAAUGGCAGAAUGAUCGAAGAACACUUCUAACAGAGAAACGAGACCAGAAACUAGAGGUGAUAAGGUCUUUGACUCAAAAACUUAAGACUCGUAAAUUGGAGACCUCUGAACUUGCGGAGAUUGAAACUCUUAGAUUGAUGUGGGAUAUGGGUUGGAAAAAGAAAAUUCGGUUUACUUUCCCCUCAGACUGUGUAGAUCGAGAGUACUACAUAGACGUGAUAGCUCGAAAGAUGGGCUUGGAAAAUCUGCAUCCUUCUCGACUAUACGAGUUGAAUGGUCAUCAAUCUAAUGGCUUCAAUGUGAGCAAUUUCAGAUCUCUAUCCAAGUAUCGGUCUGAUACUGCUUCAGCCCUUCUAAAACAUACCAUUCGUGACCUAUCAUUUCAUGUCUUAAAGUCGAAGUGUCCAAACUCUGAAUACUUGAAUCACGUUACUCUCAGCUUCCCUUAUUUCCAGCUCAAUAAACUCAAUUUUUCGUUUGCAAUCAACAAUCAUACCUUCGUACUUUGCUUAGAUCCAUACGAACUGCAUCAGGCAACAUCCUUUCGUCAUCAGAGGUUUUGAGGUUGGCCAGACGCUUGUCUGACAUCUUUUUCUCCAAUUUACGAGUCUUAAGUUUUUGAGUCAAAGA